AUGGUUCGGAAGAUUAGUGCUCUUGUGUGUUGCCUCUGCGUAUUCGGUAUAUCGUUGAGUGACAGCGCAAUAUCGGCGGAGAACGAAAAGAGAUGCCGCAACCCGCCCACAGCACCGCAGAAGAUCGAGCGCGUCAUCACACUCUGUCAAGAUGAGAUUAAGGUCUCCAUACUUAGAGAGGCCCUAGACGUGAUAAAGGAGGAGCACACCAUGCCAGCGCAGAGGCGGCGUAAUAAACGGGAGGUUCCCUUCACACACGACGAGAAGAGAAUUGCCGGCUGUCUGUUGCAGUGUGUUUACCGGAAAGUGAAAGCGGUCGACGGCUACGGGUUCCCCACGUUGGAGGGUCUAGUGGGUUUGUACUCGGACGGGGUCAACGAGCGCGGAUACUUCAUGGCCGUGCUCGAAGCCUCGCGUGAAUGUCUGAUGAGGAACCACGACAAGUUCUCCAGAGCGGUGCCAAUGGAUAACGGGCGCAACUGCGACGUGUCUUUCGACAUCUUCGAGUGUAUCUCGGACCGCAUCGGCGAAUACUGCGGCAACUCCGGCCUU